CAGAGUUGUAUAAAUAUGAGGGGCUGGGAGACACUCUUCAGUGAGAAGACAACAUCGAACAGCACGACUUCUACUGACUGCACAACGUGUGAACGAGGUUUUAUUCACACACGGAAGCAGAAGCUCUCUCCCUCGAUGACCACAAUGGCGUUAUUGACCUUAAUCUGCUUCCUGACGUCACUUCCUGUGUUGUACACCAUGAGCCUGGACACAAACGUCACAGCUGAUAAUUCCGCGUCGACGUCGUUAGCAUCAGGCGCUGGAGGUCUGGAAAUGAGGAAGUUACGUCACAUCGAGGCCGAGCUCGAGGUGUUGAGGAGAACAGUGACGGAAAUAAAAGCUGGUGUUCAGUGUGGGUCACAGAGUCCACAUCCAAACGUGUUGCAAGAAGUGACGAGCGAAAUACAAGCGCUCCGUUCACAGUUUCAAGGUCUGCAGGUGCAAAGAGAGUUGUCCGUCCUGCGAUCUGAUCUUCUUCUCGCCCAGUCAGCCAUGCUGGCGGACACCGGAAGUAAGCCUGUGGGCAGAACACCGCAGAUCAGCAAUGAGCCUCCUCGUGUCGCCGAGAACAUUUGUACCAUCAUGAGCACAGGAGCCGUGUACGAGCGCUGGGGCAACAGUGGCUGUCCUAAUGGCACAGAGCUGGUUUAUUCAGGUCUUAUUGGCGGCUCACAUUUUACUCACACUGGAGCAGCCGCCAACGCCCUGUGCUUGCCUUUGAACCCUGUCUUAGAGAACAACCCCGGCGCGAGCACUCUCACUGUUAUCUACGGAGCUGAACUUGAACUCACUCCUCUUCCCAAACAUAACCUUGACCCUCUAUGCGCUGUAUGCCGCAGCCCACGGGCGACAAUCCUCAUGGUACCCGCUGCCAGCGCUUGCCUCCCUGGAUGGACAGUGGAGUAUUCCGGGUACCUCAUGGCAGGAUACUACAGUCACACUGCAGCAACAGAAUACAUUUGUGUCGACAGAGAGCAGCACACGCGCACUGGGUCCGACAAGAACGACGACGGCAAACUGUUUUAUUACGUCACUGUUAUGUGCGGUAGUCUCCCUUGCCCGCCGUAUGAAAACGGGAAAGUGUUCCCUUGUGUCGUCUGCUCCAAGUAACGACCAUACACAUACAGGAUAGAUGUCACUGGGUCAGAUAUAUAUAUUGUAUACUUCAAACUCGCUCUUAACUUAGCAACAUUUGUAUUUCUGUCCUCGCCAAGCAGCUUGAGUCCUGAACCUUCUUCUGUUUCCUUUUUUAUUAGCAGAUAUCUAAAUAUUGUAGCUCACUCAUUUACUUUAACAUUCACAUACACGUGUUGACAUGACUAGCUGGCAAUGGCAUUUUACUCACUAUGCAUGGAAACUUCUAUUGACAACGCCCUGAAGUUCACACUGGCCGGGCUGCUUCAGACUCUGUACUAAAUAUUCACCUGUCUGGCUUGUUAGUAACUGGAGUUUAUGAUUAGUUUGGGAAACGUCAAACAAAAUUUUAAUUCUGAACGAUUUUACGCUUACAGAACAAAAGUAAACAAUUAAAUUCAAAAAUAAGCUAAGCUAAGACGAGAGAUAUCAAUGGAUAAAGAUGUGUAUCAGAUUGUUUGUGUAUGCGACUUAAUCACUCAAUCAAUCAAUCAAUUAAUCUGUUAGAAGGUGGACAGAAGACAUUUCUACAUACUAUUUUAGAACUUCAUUGCUUGUUAAGAUAAUAAAUAUUUUCCAGCUUUAUCCCUCUAGCACUGCAAUAGCCAAAAGAACAAAAUGAUAGCAACGCUUCUGUACAGAACUGCCAUUUCACCUUUUUCUUUAUUUCCAAGCCAUUUGCCAAACUUUUAUGUACGACCCUGUUUCCCAGGCCUUGUGUUUCUCCUUUUUACAUUCAACUAGCAUCUAGUUUUCUUGUCGAGAAAACCUCAAAUUCACAUAAAUCACAAGGACACAGAGUGUAAACACACAGCAGCACAAUCACAUCUUUGAUACAGUAAACGGCUUCUUGUGUUAUCCAGGCUGGUCGUGGCCACAUCAUGACAAGAAUGACAACAGAUAUUAUCAAUGAAUAAUGUCAGCAUGGAGAGACGCAGAACCACGAUAUCAGGAGAAGCGAAAACAAAUUUUUUAUUGUUGUUGCUUAUUACAGUCCUUUGUGUUGAUAAUAAAAACGUUAAAAAUAG